AUGGCUGUAGGCAACGUAGUAUUUGCUUUCCUUACAGCGCUGGUAGCUGUAAAUUUUAUAUUUGCCGAGGAAAGUUUAUUACCAGGUGAUGUCGCAUACGAUCAAGGUAAUGAAAAUUAUGAGCGCGAAGAAAGAUCACCCAAGGAAGAUACUGAUGAAGUGCAACAGGAAAGAACUUUCUUCGCAUUAUUGAAUAUGUAUUCCUCGUGUAACUUCACGCAGGGCGGCACCUACUGCGCAAGUUGCACACAAGCCAUGCUCCAUGUAUCCUGGUGCACAAUGCAACUCUGGCUAAAUAACUUUCUACAAAACAGG